UAUUGAUCCGCACGGAGUGUGCGGCGAAAAUGGGAGUACGCUCACUUGCAUCGUGACGAUACUUAUUGUAUAUAACUCACUCAUCAAGAGCCAUAGGUCGUUCCAAAACGCAACUCCAUUUAUUUUUUUCAUCUCUCUCUUUCUUCGUCCUUCUCUUGAUAUUUGACGGUAGAGUUUUGACGAGUAGUGAGCGAGCCAGAACAGAACGCGCUUGAGGGAGAGAGCGAGUCGCUCGCGCGCGCGUGCGUGUCUGUGUGUGUUCCCGAACGUCUGUAUACACUGCGACGAUUUCUACCUACUACCCGGCGACACUUACGCGAGGACGCUGCUACCGGUUGGAUAGAGAAGCAACAGCCCGAGUUUUUUUCUCCCUCGCUCCCUAGUAAACGAGAAACACGAGAGCACGCGCGGUUCUUUCGAUCUCCGGUAAAAAAUAAGAGAAAAAACCAAAAACCUAUACUUGGCUUUUCUGCCAUUUUUUUUUCUCCUUUACAUCGUGUCAGUGUACUCACGCAGUUUGUGAAGAGCGAAAUAAGUCGCGCGCGCGGUUACUGUUUAAAAAGAAGUGGAGGCGAAAACGGCGGUAGCAACGCUACCGGCGUUACGUCGAAUGGUGCGUGUGUGCUCUACAACAUUUUUCACAGAACUGUCAUUCGAUGGUUCUGUUUUAUGAGGGGAAAAAAUGAAAUAAUUCAAGUACGGUGCGCGGCAAAUUUGAAUUUUUUCGGAUUCAUCUCAAAUUACCGCCGGUCGUACGAGACGACGCCAUUUUGUUGCGUGUUUUAAAACAAUUCUCUGUCCUGCAGUUGUUAUAUCUUUCCUGUUAUCGUUACUGAUUCUCUUCGUGUAUAUAAAAUUUGUUUUACGAUUGCUAAACAAUCGUAUUUAUUUAAUAAAAAUUAUUUAUUUAGUGUUAAUCGCUACGUAAUUUUAUUGGUCAAUUUUUGUAAUCAUUUUCGAAAUGUUGCGACCUUCCGCGCGACGUAAACGUCUUGAAUGAUGAUCCCUGUCACAGAUACAUCGUUAUCGAUCAUCCAGCUGUGUUAGUUAACCCACGAUCACGACGAUUGCGAAUUUGUGAAUUCCAGGUGAAACGAAAAAUCAAAUAAAACAUUUUUUACCAACGAAAAGUAAUUUAAAUUUAUAAAUGUUUAAUAAAGUUAUUCAAGUGUUGAAAAAGUGUGCGACUAGAAAUUAACCCAGGAAUUGAAAAAAAAAAUAAAAAAAAAAUAAAAAUACCAAAGGGAGCGAGCAAUUUGCACUAGCGUGUACUGUGCGUAGAAAAAGUGAUUGUUGUCUCUUUAUUGGAGUAAUUGUUUGCGGUCUUUGCGUCGCGUAUACAUUCGAUUGGGGUAAAUACGAACAGAAGAGUGAAGGUCUUCAACAGCUUUCCUUUAUCGAUUUUUUGUUGUCUAUUUUAGUUGACAGAUAUACAACUACGAAAAAAUCGACAAUCACACGGAAGAUCUUGAUUGAUUUUUUCUUCAGUAUUGUGGAAUUCACGUGAAUUAAAAAACGCGGGAAAGCCAGAUCUACAAAGCCUCAGACUUGGAUGGAUACUGUGCAUUAUUUUUGGAGUGCAUCCACGUCAACGUCAUCCUGACCUGCCCGAGAAAUCCUCAUGAAAGACUGGGAACUCAGUACUCAAAAUAGCAUCGGCAGUGCGGUGGCUGCAGCCGACACCAUUUCCUCGCCGUGGACCCCCGCGAGUUCCGGGCCGCCGCCCGACGCCAACGGCUCCGGCUCGGAUACGAAAAACCUCGACGUUGGCGAAAUCAGCGAUGACGAGAAGGACCUCUCGGCAGCGGAUGCGGAAGGCGUCUGGUCACCGGAUAUCGAGCAAAGCUUCCAAGAAGCCCUCACCAUAUAUCCGCCAUGUGGGCGUCGGAAAAUCAUUCUCUCCGACGAAGGAAAGAUGUAUGGUCGCAACGAGCUGAUCGCCCGUUACAUCAAAUUGAGGACCGGUAAGACCAGAACGCGAAAGCAGGUCUCUUCGCACAUACAGGUCCUGGCGAGGAGAAAACUUCGGGAAAUUCAGGCUAAACUUAAAGUGAAUUUCUGGCAACCGGGAUUGCAGCCAGGAACGUCGCAAGAUGUUAAACCUUUUCCACAACCUGCGUAUACCGGGAAACCAGCGACAGCAGUUUCGAGCGGUGAUAUGGUGCAAGCGCAACCACCGCCACCUUGGGAAGGACGGGCAAUCGCAACUCACAAGCUCAGACUCGUAGAGUUUUCAGCCUACAUGGAACAGCACAGAGAUCAGGACAUUUAUCACAAACACCUAUUCGUCCAUAUAGGAGGUUCAACGACAUACGCUGAUCCUCUCCUUGAGGCUGUAGACGUGAGGCAGAUAUACGACAAAUUUCCAGAAAAGAAUGGUGGCCUCAAAGAGCUCUACGACAAGGGACCACAGGCGGCCUUCUUCCUCGUUAAAUUCUGGGCUGAUCUCAACACGAACAUCCAAGACGAAGCUGGAGCUUUUUAUGGGGUGACGAGCCAAUAUGAAAGCAAUGAGAACAUGACGAUAUCGUGUUCGACGAAAGUAUGUUCGUUUGGUAAACACGUGGUGGAGAAGGUGGAGACUGAGUAUGCCAGGUUCGAGAACGGCAGGUUCGUUUAUCGUAUCAGUCGUUCACCGAUGUGUGAAUACAUGAUCAAUUUCAUUCACAAACUUAAGCACCUGCCUGAGAAAUACAUGAUGAAUAGCGUUCUUGAGAACUUCACUAUUCUCCAGGUUGUAACGAACAGAGAUACGGAAGAGACGUUACUAUGCACGGCAUACGUUUUCGAAGUAUCAACGUCCGAACAUGGUGCUCAGCAUCACAUAUACAGACUGGUCAAGGACUAGUUCGAUUGAAUCUGCUUGCCAUGCAGCCAUCCACCCCCAUCAGUGCCUACCACCACAUAAAAUCAUCCGUAUACACACAGACACAUAUGAAAAUAUACUUAUGCACUUAAGUAAAACUCGACGAUUACGUGACAUACGUACAGACGUAAAACGCAGCAGUAUAAAUUUGUGUACACGUAAAAAACGUAACCACAGGAGACAUUGCAACUCACAUUACCCAGGUGUGCUCUCAAAUCGACGUUUUUAUCAAUAUCUUACGGAGAGAUUUGUCAUACUUUGUCAUAUCGUUUAUAAGAUCCGCGAUAAAAUCAUUUUUGGAUCGACGAUUAAUGAGAUCUUUUCUGUGAUUAAAUCACACUAAAAAAACAAAACGCAUACGAGGGUACCAGCUAGUCCAAGCUCCAGAUUUGCUUUUUCACCUAUGCGCUCGAUUGGCAUACUUGUCUAGCGAACACAUGUCGCAGAUUCAUCCUAUUAUUUUAUGUUAAUCGAAAGAAACAAAAAAAUGUGCAGCUAUACCUCGAGCAAAGUUGGUCUAAAACAUAAAAUGUUUCCGUUUCCGUUCAUGUUGAUCCCCCGAGAUGAUAUGCGGAUAAAAUGAAUUAAGUAAAUUAUAAAUAUAUCUAUUCUAUAGAGGACUGCUAAGUAACGACAAUAACGUUGGGAGCAUAAGAUAUCGUGUGUCUCCAUGUACGAUUUUUAUUUGAAAAAUAUAUUAUAUCUCCCCGGCGAAUAGCGAAGGUAAAUACUGUGAUCUUGGAGUGGCACUUGUACCGGACACCAUACUAUUAGUAUUAUAGUUUUUAUCAAAUAAACUAGGCAAUAGAGAUCGGACGAGACAUAUACACAGACAGAUUAUACAUAUAUUACGAAUAAGAGGUAUAUAUGUUAAAUAUUAAACGCAAUGAUUACGAUUGACAUCGUUACUGAAAAAAAAUGAUCGUGUAUAAAGCUAUCAAAGUGAUUCUAAGUUUUUAACAAGAGAUUGAAAGUUAAAAAGUAUGCCAUUAUGAUUUGCGAGUCUCCAAGUUUUUUUUCAUUAUUAUUUCUUGCUAUUAGGAAAAGAAAGAGAGAGAGCGAGAGAGAGAGAGAGAGAGAGAGAGAGAGAGAGGGAGAGAGAAAGAAAGAACGCUUGAUGGAAAGAGGGACGAAAGGAUAGAAAAUUGUGCAAAUUUUCAAUAAUCGACGAAAGCUUUUUUUUAUACAUUUGACAAGACCUGAGGUUUUUUUUUUUAAUGCAAAAGUUCUCAUUUUUAUUUGUUUUGUUGUCCAGAUUGAUGCUAAAACAUGAUUAACUCGCAAUAAUUGUAUCUAUGUUCUGGCUUUCCCAUCUUUUUGAGCAGCAAAGUAUAGGGUUAGUAAGAUGUGUUUGUAUUUCUUAUAAUCAAUAUUAUUUUGUACUGUAAGCUCUUUUCCUGACCCCCCCACUCCGCGCCGUCUUUUUCUUUAGGUAUAUUAUGUCAAUGAAUUUCGUACUUAGAGUACAGGUUGUUUUUAACUUUUUACUAUUGUUUACGUUGCUAUAGACACCGAUAAUAUGAUGGUUCGACAAUCAUGUGGCGCGAGAUGAAUCAGCGGCUUUCUUUUCAUUUUUAAACUUCUAUAUGCAGAUUUUGAAAUCAAAUUAAUUGUUGCAAUAAUCAACGAUAACGAUUAUUCAAACGUCGAUUUUUUUUUUAACAGUUUUGUUGAGAAAAACUAUUAAUCUUGCGUAUGGAUCUCAUUGUCGUUUCUCAAAACUCUUAUGCCUCUUCCUUUUAAUGAUAUUAAUUUUGUUUUUUACUACGAACGGGAUAAUCAGUAUACUUCUAUUUGAUCGAAAAGAGUACUUAAAGUGAUCCACAAAAUUGACAACACGAUUAUUAAAGUUCGACCAGGGGGACCAUUUGUUUGAUCUAUACUUUUACAACUCAACUCGCUUUUUCGAUUUUUAAUGAUGUUUUACGAUUAUACUCCUUACCGAAAUCGAUACUCGAUUGAUAUUGUCCAAAACUUCCUUAGAAAAAAUUCAAAAGAUGUUUUAUACCGCGUGGAAUCGAAAGAUGCCAUUUCCAAAAACAACUGAUGAGUGAAAGUUGAAAAUUUGAUAACGAUGAAUGCACAAAAACUUGAUCAACGAAGGUUUGUCGUCGAUCGAUUAAUUUCAUGUUAAAAAUUUACUUAGGGAAUAAAUUCAGCUGUUUCGAAAAAGUCGAUUAAUUGUAGGACUGUUGCUGCGAAGCAGAAUGCACAAAUUUAAGAAAAUGACAUCGCGAGCAGGAACAUAUUCAUGAAUCAUCUUGAAAACUGUCAUCUUCUGGUGUCCAAAUCGAAUUAAUCGUACCAGCUGUCGCUUCGUUCAACAUAUUUUUUAAACAUUUUACUUAUUAUGAUUCUGAUUCAUUCACCUAUUUUGGUUUUUUCUUUUAUUUUGCUUCUGAUUUCCCUUCAAAACAAUCAGAACUUGCCUACCGAGCAGUAAACAAUAACAUUGCUGAAAAAAAUAUACAUUACUUUAAGGAUACAUUAAUAUUAAUUAUCGUAUUGUUACUGUAACUAACUUUUAUGAAACCAAGUGACAAUGUAUUUUGAUCUCUCUUUAGUCAGAAAUAUGUCCUUUUUUAUUCAACGGGUGAGACGAAAUAAAUUGCUAGAUAGUUUUGGUUUGGAUAAGAAAAGAAUUUUAUUCGAUUAAUAAUGAAUUGAAUUUCGGUUGAAAGACAAAUAAAUAAACGAAUUGGCAGCUAUCGUACUUCUUAGUUGUUCUUACUUUUGGUUUAAACAAUACAAAUAUAUAUUUAUAUCUCGCAGGAAAACAGUCGAUUCGAAGUUUUGCACAUUAUCGAUGAGAUAAUUUGCUCACUCGACUUCCAAAUUUUUUCAUCCGUUGGUUUCGAAUUGAAUAGUAAUCAAAAUAUUCCACAAGCCAAUGAUAUUCAGAAUAUUAUUUCCAGAAAAAGAAAAUUAGCAUCUCUCUGGUUGUGCAUUAUUUUGUAAAACAAUGUUGGAAGGUUGAUGAAAAGAAAAAAAAUGAGAACGCCCAUAGAAACUCAUUUUAUUACACGACUACAGAAUUUUUUUUUAGGUAACACCGGAUAAAAAAGAAGUACAUGAAAUUGAAAGAAAAGAAGCACCGAUACUAAGAUUAUAAACAGUAAUUAUUAAUGAAUUUAUCGUAAGCGAAUUACAUUUAUAAGGAAAAAGAUUAUGAAAAUAUAUAUUUAUCUAUGUCUUCUGUGAAGAUAGAAAAUAGUACUCUUUCACUCUAUAUUGUUAAUAUCGAAAUUCGGCGAACCGGCAAAGAUACAAACGGCAGUAGUAGCUUACGAAAAAAAGAACGGGGUUUAAUUAAAAAAAAAAAAACAAAAAAAAACAAAAAAAAAACAAAAAAAACAAUAUACGCAGCUCGAAUUGUACACACUAUAUGAUAAAAUCAACAGUCCAUUCACAGUUGUUAAAUAUCUCUGUAAAUAACUUGUACCCAAUGACCAUUAAAAAGAAUGUUCAAGUUCCGAAA